AUGAUAGUCCUCUACGCUCUUCUCGCGACUAGUGUCGUCGCCAAUCCGCUCCUGCUCUUUCGUCAGAGUCAGGGCAAAGCCGGUUUUCUUGAGCCGAAGCCUCGCGGCUACGAUUCCGCGAAGGCGACCGAGGGCCCCUGUGGUGGUAUCUCCUUCGCAGGCAAGGAGCACCAGUACUGGGGCAUGCUUGCAGACUUCUACAUGCAAGUCGAGAACGACGUCAGCGACGUGCGGCUCUCCUGGUCCAAGAACCCUGACAUGAGCGACGCGCACCUGUUUCAGAAGCUCGAAAAGGCGACAGCGGGGAGUAUUUGUCUCGACGACCCGAUCAACUUUGCCGACGUCGGCGUUCAGCGAGGCGAGGAAGUUACCGUGCAGUUGCAGUACCAUGACGACGUCACGAAGCAGACGAUGUACUCGUGCGUCGACCUGCACCUCACGAGCGACCACGCAUACGACCCGCCUAGCCACCUCGAUUGUCGCAACUCGAGCUUUAUCCGCGUCGACGAGAACACGAGCACGAACACCGAGGUCGUGAAGAGUAAGCAGAAAGUGUCGCCGGUCGGAGCCGGCUUCAUUGGCGCAGCGGUGACGCUUGUGGCCUGUGGGCUGGUGUUGCUGGGUCUGAAGUUUGGAGGAUGCGUCUUCUUCUCUCGCUCUAGCUACAACCUCCACCAGCGGAGGAGGACGAGCAACCCCUUCGAUGACGACAUCUCCCUGAACAACUCUGUGUCCAAGCAGCCGAUGGGCCAGGCGUAG